UUUCGAAGUGUUUGUUCAGUCACCUCUUGACAGAACUCAAUUUAGUUGGUUUGUUGCCCAAAACCAAUGAAGAUUAUCGGGUUAGAAGAAGAAAUGGCAAGCAUGGCUUAUACAGAAGCAUGCCUCCUCCCUACCAUGGACGGGAAGCUACUAAGAAAGGUGGUAUCUGAUGUCUCAAACGAAAUAGAUAAGAUUGGGAAAAACAUUGCCAAAAUGAGUGAAGAUGAAGCCAACAUCUUGAGAGUGGAAUGCUAUUGCUGUGGCCUCCAAGAAGAAUGCACCCAAGAUUACAUCUUUAAAGUCCAAAACUCUCAUUCCGGUAAAUGGGUUUGCGGGCUUUGCUCCGAAGCUGUCAAAGAAAGAUCCAACCGCCCGAAAACAGCAACACCGCCAUCGCCACCACCACCACUGCUGCCGCGACCCUCUUCCGUGGUUGCAGGAGGCGGCGCCGCCAUUGAUGAAGCGUUGAGCAAUCAUAGAAGCUUCUGUGAAGAGUUCAAUUCGACAACGAGGUUGAACCCGAAACUGUCCUUCACAAGUACAAUGAGGGAGAUAGCAAAGCGGAGUAAUCUGAGUAGGGCUAAUAGUGAUUCCUCUAAUUUUUCAAAGAUUGCUAGAAGCUCUAGUUGUAUUCCUAAGCUUUCAUGACGUUUAACUUCGUUACAUCUAAUUGGUGCUAUAUGUAGUC